CGGAAAAAUACGACUUUUUGUUUUUAAUUUGAAUUAAAUUGAAUAUAACUCAGUCGAAAUGGUGAGCCUGCUGCAGGAAAUAGACACAGAGCACGAGGACAUGGUCCACCACGCCGCUCUGGACUUCUACGGCCUGCUGUUGGCAACCUGUUCGUCCGACGGUAGCGUCCGCAUUUUCCACUCUCGCAAAAACAACAAGGCUCUUGCCGAACUCAAAAGCCACCAGGGGCCCGUGUGGCAGGUGGCAUGGGCACAUCCCAAGUUUGGCAACAUCCUGGCCUCUUGCUCGUACGACCGCAAGGUGAUUGUGUGGAAAUCGACAACGCCCAAGGACUGGACCAAGCUCUACGAGUACAGUAACCAUGACUCCUCGGUGAACUCUGUGGAUUUUGCCCCCUUUGAGUACGGUCUGGUGCUGGCCUGCGCCAGUUCCGAUGGCUCUAUUUCGGUGCUCACCUGCAACACGGAGUACGGGACUUGGGAUGCCAAGAAAAUACCAAAUGCUCACACCAUUGGAGUGAAUGCCAUUUCGUGGUGCCCGGCGCAGGGCCCAGAUCCGGCAUUCGAUCAGCGCGCCAACUCGCGCAAUACGGCCAUCAAGCGCCUCGUGAGCGGUGGCUGCGACAAUCUCGUGAAGAUCUGGCGUGAGGACAAUGAUCGCUGGGUGGAAGAGGAGCGUCUGGAGGCCCACUCCGACUGGGUACGCGAUGUGGCCUGGGCGCCAUCGAUUGGUCUGCCACGAUCGCAGAUAGCCACGGCCUCGCAGGACCGUCACGUUAUCAUCUGGAGCAGCAAUGCUGAUCUGACUGAGUGGACAUCCAGUGUCCUGCACACAUUCGACGAUGCCGUUUGGAGCAUUUCCUGGUCGACCACAGGCAACAUACUGGCCGUCACCGGCGGCGACAACAACGUCACUCUCUGGAAGGAGAACAGCGAGGGUCAGUGGAUCCGCAUCAACUACGAGUCGGGCACCUCCAUUCAAGCAAAACAGCAGCCCCAUCAUCCACACCUCUCACAGCAGCAACAGCAACAGCAACCGGGACAGCAACAGCAGGCGACUGCUGCUCUUUCCGACUCGGAGCACAGCUCCAAUCUAUCCAAUUCAAACUUGUCCAAUUCCCAGCUCUCCAACUAAGGAGCCGUCUGCCACGAUCCAAGUUAAAGUCUCUGUACUCUGUCAAAUGUUAUCCCUACCUACACGCAUACAAUAUACAAAACCUAAUAUGCCCUA